AAAGCAGCUCCUUGGAUGGCCCUCUGACCCUCCUUGUGCCUCAACAGGUGGCUUGGCAUCCUGGCCUUGUAUCUCCGGUACCGAGGGAAGCUGGACUGUGCUCGGGGGGUGCUGCUCGGCAAUUACAUGGUCGUGCUCCUGGUCCUCCUGGCGGUGAUCGUGUGUACCGUGCUGGCCAUCGUGUGCGUCAGCAUGAGAGGAACCAUUUGCAACCCGGGGCCACGGAAGUCCAUGUCCACGCUGCUGUACAUCCGCCUGGCGCUCUUUCUGCCCGAGAUCGUCUGGGCCGCCCUGGGGGCCAUGUGGGUCGCAGAGAGCACUCAGUGCGACAGGAUAGUGGUGAGUGCCAUCAUCGCAACCGUCGUCGUCAGCUGGGUUAUCAUCGGCUUCACGGUGGUCAUCAUCGUGGUUGUCUUCGACCCGCUGGGCGGGAAGGCGGUCCGGUACUCGUCUGCGGGCCCCUCCCUCGCGUUCAACCCCGAGGCCAGCCAGUUCGUUGGGGGCCUCAGGACAGCAGCGACGAGCGUGUGGGAAAAGAGGAUGAAGCUGCUGUGCUGCUGCGUGGAGCGAGACGACCAGGCGCACAUGGCCUUCUCCAGCACCGCGGAGCUCUUCUCCACCUACUUCUCCGACACAGACCUGGUGCCCAGUGACCUCGUGGCGGGCCUCACCCUCCUCCACCAGCAGCAGGACAGGAUCAGGAGAAACCAGGCGCCGACGGAGGUGGUCAGCCAUUCCCCAGGGCCCUCCCAGGAGGAUGACCUGGACGCAGAGCUGGAGAACUGCCGCCAUUACAUGCCGAUCGCAGCCGCUGCCUACGGCUGGCCCCUCUACAUUUACAGAAACCCGUUCACGGGGCUGUGCAGGAUCGGGGGUGACUGUUGCAGAAGCAGGACAACAGAGUAUGACGUGGUUGGAGGCGAUCAGCUCCACUGCCAUUUUGGCUCCAUCCUGCGGAUGACAGGGCUCCAGCACAGGGACUUCAUUCACAUAAGCUUCCACGACAAGGGGAUUUCUCAGGCUGCCAAGUACUUGUACCGACGCCUCGUCAGCGAUGGGAUUCUGAGCCAGGCCUUCAGCGUCGCUCCGGAAUACCGGCUGGUCAUUAUAGGGCACAGCCUGGGGGCGGGCGCUGCAGCCUUGCUGGCCUUCAUGCUCAGAGGCGCCUACCCCCACGUCCGUUGCUACGCCUUCUCACCGCCCAGGGGGCUGCUCAGCAAAUCCCUUUAUGAACACUCUAAGGACUUCACUGUGUCACUUGUCGUGGGCAAGGACGUGGUUCCCAGGCUAAGUGUGACCAACAUGGAGGAUUUGAAGAAGAAAAUCUUGCGGCUGAUUGCCCAUUGUAACAAGCCCAAGUACAAGAUUCUGCUGCGCGGCUGCUGGUACGGGCUGUUCGGAGGGAACCCCGAUGACCUUCCAACAGAGCUGGACGGGGGCGACCACAGCGACCUGACCCUGCCACUUCUCGGGGAGCAGAGCCUGCUGACACGCAAGUCCCCAGGAUACAGACCCAAUGACUCGCCCUUGGGGUCCCCCACCAAGUACCCCCCUCUCUACCCUCCUGGCAGGAUCAUCCACCUGGAAGAAGAGGGUCCUUCAGGGAGAUGUUCCUGCUACACUGCUCAGUACACUGCAAAGUGGGCACACGAAUCCGAAUUCAGCGAAAUACUCAUCGGCGGAAAGAUGCUCACAGACCACAUGCCGGACGUCCUGAUCAGAGCCUUGGACAGGGUGUCCAACCAGGAUGCCUGCAUUUCCUGUCCCGCCACAGGAGGCUCUGCAUGAUGUGGACGUGGUGUGACCACAGCUACUGGAGCUGUCCAGGACUGCAGACGCGGACCGUUCCUUAGACUUCACAUUCAAGUGAAUCCCAUGGCGCCAAUGCAAUGGUAGGAGUCUGACAGGCACUGGACGAGUCUAAUGACCGGACGGUCCGAGAUACCACUUUAUCCCAUGAUCAGCACAGCAGGCUGAACGUGCACAAAGCUUCGCAGGAGCCUGUCCCCGGGACCUGCGGAUUCCACCUGAGAAUGGCCCAGGACAGCGUGGGACUUGGGCAGCCAGGUCUGGUCUGUACCCCCCCACCCCGCCACUUCCCACUGGCAGGGUCUUGUCCCUGUUCAGAGGAGCCUGAGCUGGGCACACAGGUGUGCAGCUUAUUUAGCAAACAGAUUCCUGGCUACACACUCAGUUCUCAGCUGGGAGGGUAGAGACUGGGGUUUACUCCUGGUGGCACUAAGGACUAAGGAUUAGCCCUGAGCUCCUGUUGGGAAUCAAGACAAAACCAGGUCAGGAAAGUGAGGGGAGACAGCUCCUGCCCCACGGCCACAGCCCUUCCUUGUUUACUCGCUCACUUGUUUCAUCAACCCAGUUGAUGUGAACAUCCUGCUGGCUCUCGGAGUCGGCCAGGGCAUUAAUAAAGCGCUUACACCGUCA